AUGAAUACUAUUGACGUGCCUGCUACUUCAAAAAAAAUGGUAUCAAAAUCAAAUAAUAAAAUUAUACAAUCCUCUAUACCACAUAUCUCUUUGUCUCAGGAUAUUGAGUUACAAAAGAUUACAAUGAUUAAUCUUACUACUUUAGAACGUUCUUUGCCUUUAAAUUACUAUUAUAUUGUUAAUUCAUUUGAACUAUUUCAAGUAUUAAAUUUUUUGGGUGUAUUUUCUAAUCCAUUUGAAGCAAAACUUCGUAUAAAUAUCUGUACAGUUGAUGACACUACAAAAUGGCUUGAUGAAUUUUUCAAUCUGCACAAGACUACUAUGCGGGAAAUACAGGGAUGA